AUGGGGAGCAAUGGCGCCGCCGGCUCGAUCUUCGCUCUCUACGAGUCCCUGUCCUUCCAAUCAUUCAAUCGCUUGGGCUUAUCAGCCGUCCUGCACCUGUAUCACUCGGCGCGCAUCGCUGCCCAACAGGCUUCUUUGUCCUCCGUCACACACUGCCUUCGCUCCCUCUACCGCAAUGAGAACGUGAAUUGGGGCCAAGUAGUGUUCUUGACAACUUGCGUGAUCACCAUGGCCGGCUGUGGGUUGCUUUCGUUCGUCCGGCGCAGUCGGUCGUCCGAGAAGAAGAAAUCUUCUUCCCGGCCGCGGUUGUCGCUGCGCAAGCGCUCGACCAGGUCUUCGACUAGGACACUUACAUCGUCUGAGGAUGACUACGAGGAUGAGGACUACGAUAGCAACGGCUCGUUGCAUCAUGGGACUGAACCUCAUCGCAAGGCCACCUCGUGGUCGUCCCAACCUCAGCAGCAGACCUCCGAUGGUAAGAUAAUCUUCUCUGCCGGUAUUUCUGCCACGGUAGACACUGACUCGAUUGCAGCUUCCAAAACAGACCCUGGUCUUCUCAGGAAAUUCUCCUCCUAUGCCUCCUACACUACCUCUGUUACGACCUAUCCAGCCGUUCGAACCUUUUAUUGCCCGCACCCAAACCUCAACCGCCUUCCUAAUAAGCCAUCUCCUGUUCCGCUGCUAGUAUUCAUCCAUGGGCUGGGUGGGUCUAUUGCUCAAUUCCAUCAUCUACUUACAAGUCUUUCGAAUGUUGGAUCAUGCUUCGGCAUUGAUCUGCCAGGGUGUGGCCUUUCUAAGUUCGCACCCACAGAGUGGAACGCAUAUACCGUGGAAGCGCUGGCCGAGUUGAUUGCGGUGGCGAUCGAGAGACACCGCGAUCGGGAUGGUGGACAGGGUGUGGUCCUAGUGGGCCACAGCUUGGGAUGUUCUCUUUCUGCUCUGCUUGCUUCGUCGGCCUCCCCAAUUGGGAAGAGCCUGAAGGAGCACAUUUUGGGACUGAUCGCGAUUUGUCCCCGCGCAUCGCCUCCAUCGGCAGAAGAAGCCGCAACCUUCCGCCGCCUGUUGCAUAUCCCUGGCCCACUCUUCGACUUGUGGCGUCUCUGGGACAGACGCGGCGGUAUUCAGAGCACGAGUGUAAUGAGGAUGGUUGGCAACGAUGCAGACGAAGAGACGCGAGGUCUUCAAGUUCGUUACAACAAGCAGAGCCGGACGCCCGUCUGGCGCCGUAUGGCAUGGGGCACGCUCCCGGUUUACAAUAAGGGUGAGCCCAUCGGGGGUAUUCCUGGCGAGAAAGUCUGGGCUGGCGUUCAGAUGCCGAUCCUCUUAGUCGCGGGAGAAGCAGACUCUGUGACCAAGCCGGUGGAGAUCCAGAAGCUUCUCAAGUUCUUUGGAGAUGCAUCCGUUCAUACCAGCAUUGAUACUAGCGGAAGCAGCAUCAUCCCCGAUGCCUCGCGAGUCCAUGACCAGGUGUCGGUAACCUCCACUGGUCUUGCGCACGAGGAGAAGUUUGGCAUCCAGCCAGCCGAUAGUGAAAAGCUGAUGGUACAAACCGACCACGCUGGUGUUGAUCGCAAGCGACUAGUGAAAUCGGCUAUCUUGCCCGCACCAGCCUCCCAUGCUCUACUCUACGAUCGAGCAACCUACCGCACCCUUGCAGGCAUUAUCCAGGACUUCUUGUCCCAGAACAUUGACAAGCGUCUCGGCCUGGGCUGGCAACUCCAAUACAUGAACACAUCGGGAAAAUGGGACGUAAAGAACCUCGCCAAAUGGAAAAAGGUCGCGCCCGUUUCCCAGCCGAUCGCGAACACCUUUGCUGCGCUCAAGAUGCUUCGCGAGGUCGAUGAAGAGCACAACCCAGUGCUUUUUUCUCGGAAAUAUCACGGCCGCAUCCAUGCUGUUAUCGACAUCAGCCACGAAAACCCAGUCUACAACCCGGCAACCCUGGAAAAGGGCGGCAUCCACUAUUGCAAGUACCCGACCGUGUCCAAGAUUCCUCCAACUCCCGACGAGACCCGCGACUUCAUCGCCUUGGUCGAUCGACUCCAGAAGGAGAUCGACGACCGGAUGGAGAAGCAGGAGGACACCACCUUGCCACGACCCUUGGUCGGCGUCCACUGCCACUACGGGUACAACCGCACCGGGUUCCUGAUUGUCUGCUACCUCAUCGAGCGGCUGGGCUAUGGCGUCCAGGACGCGAUUGACGAGUUCAAUCGGUGCCGGCCCCCUGGGAUCCGGCAUGGGCAUUUCAUUGAUACGCUCUUUGUACGGUAUUGUGUCGGGUUGAAGAGGGCGCCCACUUUGUAA